GUAUGUUUGACCUUGAACGGGGUGGUUUUGGUGCUUUACGUUACAACGUGCUAAGUACAGAUGUCUUGGCUGUUUGGAUUUGGCAAGCAGAAUUCAAAAGAUUUUGAUAUCCCAAUUGACGCACCUCCUCCACCUGUCCCACCACCAAGUUUACAGGACAAAAAGGCAUCUGGAGAUACUGUUUCCGCUUACAGAUUUGACUCGGCUGCACUUGAAAGAGCUGCAAAGGCAGCUAGAGAGCUUGAAUCAUCUAAACAUGCUAAGGAGGCCUUUGACUUGUCUCAAAGGCAUGAGCAAACAUUACAGAUGGAGUACCAGACAAAAAUGAAGGAGUAUGAACUUGGACUGGAGCAAAUCAAGAUUCAGCAGUACAGAGCGCAACAAGAAGAACGGAGAAAAACGCUGGAAGAGGAGGCGAGAAUACAAAAGCAACGAGCAGACUAUCAAGAUAUGCUGGCUCGGAAGCGUCAAGAAGAUCAAGUGGCUUUACAGGCCAAAGCCCAAGCUGAAAACCUCAAAAAGCAAGAAGAGUCUGUGCAGAAACAAGAAGCUAUGCGAAGAGCCACGAUUGAAUUUGAAUCUGAUCUACGUCAUAAAAACGAGAUGAAGCAAAUAGAAGCAAAGAUCAGAGGUGAAGCUGAGGUUGAGCGUGAAAAUCGUGAAAUACGGCUAGAACGUGCUCGUGUUGACGCUCGUGAGUAUCGUCAAACAGUUUUGGAGUCCAUAACGACUGCUGGCUCUGUUAUUGGAAGCGGGAUUAGCAGUUUCCUCUCUGAACCUGAUAAGGUUGCUACAGUUAUUGGUUCACUAACUUUGUUGGCUGGUGGUGUAUAUGGGGCGAAAUAUGGUAUUGGGACGUUCUCGAGAGUUGUAGAGUCUCGCAUAGGAAAACCAGCACUUGUACGUGAGACGUCUCGACUGAAUGCAGUAGAUACCUUUCGUCAUCCCGUGAAGACAGUAAAAACGGCUUUCCAGCGCCCUACAGAUCCUUUAGAUGGUAUAAUUUUACAGCCAGAAUUGGAAGCAUCUUUAAGAAAAAUUGCCAUUGCAACGAGACAUACUAAAGCAAAUAGUGGCUUUUACAGGAAUAUUCUGAUGGCUGGUCCACCUGGCACCGGAAAGACUAUGUUUGCAAAAAGUUUGGCGAUGCAUUCUGGUAUGGAUUAUGCUAUUCUGACGGGUGGAGAUAUUGCACCUAUGGGGAAUGAAGGUGUAACUGCAGUUCACAAGGUUUUUGACUGGGCCAAAACCAGUCGGAAAGGAGUUCUACUGUUUGUGGAUGAAGCGGAUGCAUUUCUUCGUAAAAGGGAACAAGAACGAAUAAGUGAAGGUGUUCGAGCCACUCUUAAUGCAUUUUUGUACAGGACUGGAGAACAAUCAAAGAGAUUUAUGCUAGUUCUAGCAAGUAACCAACCAGAACAGUUUGAUUGGGCAAUUAAUGAUCGUAUGGAUGAAAUUGUUCACUUCACACUACCUGGUUUGGAAGAACGUGAACGACUUGUUCGCCAUUACUUUGAUCUUUUCCUUCUCCAACCUUCAUUGACUAAAAGUCACCGUAUUCGUCUAGCUGAAGAUAUAAACUAUGCUGUAAAAUGUUCCGAUGUCGCAAAAAGAACAGCUGGUCUUUCUGGUCGUGAAAUUUCAAAGAUUGCAGUUGGUUGGCAGACAGCUGCAUAUUCCAGUGAAAAUGGUGUUUUAACAGAAGAUAUGAUGGAUGCGAUUGUCGACAGUGCAGUUGCUGCCAACCGUCAAAAGCAAGAAUGGAGGCAUCAUAAGCUCCCUGACAGUUUGGAAACGAUUCCAGCAUAGUCUUCGUACAUAAAACAGAAGCGCUACUAAACUUUGCAUCAUACAACAUAUCCUUUUCCCUUGUUGUACAUCUAUAUUAAUCCCCUGUGUAUCAAAUCAGUAGUAUUUACAGUGCACCAUCUAGUGAUCAAAUGCAGUAUUAUAUCAAA